GCUGUCAUCUCCCUGAGGGGUGGGAUGGACCUAGGCUGGAAGGAAAGUAGCCUCCCCUGCAGCUGGUUAACCCUUUCAUGCAGCCAUCGCCUCGCGCCCCAUCUAGCACUAGGGAGGGCAGCUUGCUCCGGGGAUGUGCUGCCAGGCUGUGUGGAGGGGGAUGCCACGUGGGCUGGUAACCGGCAGGAGGCUCUUGUCUAAGUCGUCUAGCAUUGUCCGGCCUGCAAAGGGAGAGUGCUGCAGGCAAUGAGCUCAGGGCCUGAGGCUUGGUGCGGUUCCCAUGGGACCCCCUCGUUUCCCUCGCUCUGCCAGGUCUGCUGGGCUGGUCUGAGCCUGGCUCCCACGUGCAGUGCAAAGGGCCCCGUCCCCAUCUCAGCCUUUCUCUUCAUUUCUGUUUCAGAUCAUCGAGAAGCGCCUUGGACACAUCCGGAGCCGUGUGUUUCGAGAGGUGGAGAUGCUGUAUCAGUGCCAAGGACACAGAAACGUCUUGGAGCUGAUAGAGUUUUUUGAAGAGGAAGACAAAUUCUACCUGGUGUUUGAGAAGAUGCGAGGAGGCUCCAUCCUGACCCACAUCCACAGGAGGCGCCACUUCAAUGAGCUGGAGGCCAGCGUGGUGGUGCAGGACAUAGCCAGUGCCCUUAACUUCUUGCACAACAAAGGGAUAGCGCACAGGGAUUUGAAGCCUGAAAACAUUCUCUGUGAGAGUCCCGAUCAGGUUUCCCCAGUGAAGAUCUGUGAUUUUGAUCUGGGAAGUGGUAUUAAAUUAAACGGUGAUUGUUCCCCCAUCUCUACCCCGGAGCUGCUCACACCAUGUGGCUCAGCAGAGUACAUGGCUCCUGAAGUGGUGGAGGCCUUCAACGAGGAGGCUUCCAUCUACGAUAAGCGUUGUGACCUGUGGAGCCUGGGUGUCAUCCUGUACAUCAUGCUGAGUGGCUACCCGCCCUUUGUGGGCCACUGUGGCACCGACUGCGGCUGGGACCGUGGUGAAGCGUGCCAGACCUGUCAGAACAUGCUAUUUGAGAGUAUCCAGGAAGGGAAGUAUGAAUUUCCUGACAAGGACUGGGCCCACAUUUCUUUUGGAGCCAAAGAUCUAAUUUCCAAGCUGCUGGUUAGAGAUGCCAAGAAACGGCUCAGUGCGGCCCAGGUCCUGGAGCAUCCUUGGGUGCAAGGGUGCGCGCCGGAUAACACCCUUCCGACCCCCAUCAUCUUACAGAGGAACAGCAGUGCCAAAGAGCUCACCUCCUUCGCUGCCGAGGCCAUUGCUGUCAACCGCCAGCUGAUGCAGCAUGACGAGGACGAGGAGAAGGAGGAGGCCCGACCAAUCAUCAUCAAAGCUACCUCAUGUUCGAUGCAGCUGUCUCCCCCUUCGGAGUCCAAGCUGGCCAAACGGAGGCAGAAGAGCAGCAUGACUAAAGGGGUGGCUGCAAACCAGCACCUUGUCGCUCCCUUGGUCCUGGUGGGUGACCAAGCGUGAUCACCUGCCAUCGCUGCUCCCUGCUCUCUGUAUAUACGUAUGUGCUGUAUCUGUAUGUCUCUUUUUUUUUUUCUUUUUUUUUUUUUUUUUUUUUGAAAUGCUGUUGCUAGCUAGCAACAAGAUCAGGACUCUCUCCUAUUGGCUGGUUUCCAAGGUUACGCUGAUCUUGUAAAUCUGUUUUGGGGUUUUUGUUCUUUUUUUUUUUUUUUUUUUAUAAACAAAAAAAGGUAUUAAGUCAAGCGUGAGGUUCCUUCACCCAGGGCACAUUCAAGGACAUUGAACAGAUGAUAGCUGAAUUUUUUCUCUCUCUCUCAACUCUUGAUUUCUCCUUUUCUUUUUAUUUCUUUUUGUUCUACACCAAAGGACUAUUUGUAUAUGCGGCUGCUUUUACAACUUCAGCUCAUUUCAUACUGUGAAAAAAAGACAAAAAAAAAAAAAAAAAAGACCCUUGGUCAUAUUUUCAACAGCAACAGGAAAAAACAAAAGUAGCAUUUUAACCUUUAUUUUCCUACUUUGCUGCAGGUUUCUCCCUGGAUUUGGACUUAGUAGAUUCAACCAUGGGUAGCUCUGUCUUGACUUUUUUUUUUUUUUUUUUUUUUUUAAACACAAAUUCAUUCCAAAGCUGAAUUGGACUGAUCUUCAAUAGCCUAACGAGAGGAUUCUCCAUGCAUCUUAGCCUAACGAGAGGAUUCUCCAUGCAUCUGGCCUCUCAAAGGAGGGGUAGGGAAAAGGAUAGUCUUGAAUUCAAGAGCAUAUUUCCCCUGCCCCUGCCCGUGCUGUGUUGACUCCAAAACACAAUGAAACAUUGCAGUAUUUCUCUUGUUUUAAGGGAGGAAGUCUGACAAACCAUCAUUUCGGAAUUAGCUGGUGUAGAUAGUCUCUGCUUGGCAUUGCAUGGUGGUUCCCUGUCCUUGGAAGGGGAUGUGAUGGCAAAGGCAUGUUUUGUGGUCCUGGGGAUGAAGUACCCUUGGCUCUGGCUGAAGUACUCAGGAGCUGGGGGUGCUCAGCAUUGUACAGGAUUGGGCCUGAACUUUGGAGAAGAGCGUUGUGCUGGCAGAUGGAUUUGUGACUCAAAGGGAGCAGAGACCUGUUCUGCCAAGUGUGACUUUUUUCUCUCUCUGCUUGGAUUUCAGCUCUGCUCCCAAGUAAGCUAUUAAACCACUUUUUUAGUUUUUUUUUUUGUUUUUUUUUUUUAAAUUUAAACGGCCUAGUUGCUCAUUGCAAAAGCAAAUCUUGCUUGAUUUGGGCAUUUAGAAAUGUCUUCCUCUGCUCCCCUUGUUCCUGCCCUGUCUUCUAGGCUUGGGGUGGAAGCUGAGCUGUACCUGCCAGAUAUUUCCUGGGAGUUAGAUGAUUUGCCAGGUUACAGCUCAAAAGGGGAAAGAAAUCCGAAUCUCUCCCAGGCUUCUGAAAUGUUAAUGUUCAGAGUUCGGAAGUAACUGCAUUUUGGAUCUGACUCUGCACCACUGACCUCCACAGAGGCUUUGCCUUGGACUUUGGUGGGAGCAGGACUCAGCCUUAUCUGAGGGGUGGGAGUGCACAUGUGUUUGUGUGUGUGUGUGUUUGUGCAGAAGGUGAUGGUGAUGGAUCUCCAGGAGAUAUUCACUUCCUUUGGAGAAAUCACUAAAAAUGGCUGGACUCACUGUAGUGGCAGGAUGGGCUCCAGGCUCCUGAUUAUUUUAUUUUUAAUGCAAGUGUGGCUGGCAAAACCCCUUUCUUUGUAAUAUGGUGCUUUUCUAAAAAGAAAAAAUGUGCUUGCUUUCCAUAAGUGCUCCAGGGCAGUGAACUGACUCUUCAGCAGUAGGAUCUGAAAUGGAAAUCUGAGUUUGAGGUGCUUCUGCUUCUUGGGAAGGUAGAAGUGAAUAUAAAGAGAUGUUUCAGCAUGGGCAGUGUUGCUGAUGGGGAUGCCAUGCCUUGGUUGAUCUUGCCAAGGUUUUCCCUUCACAGGGGAGGAGGUGUGUAUUGAGGUGUGAUCACAAUUCAGGUCUUAAGCAGGCAUAGAAAUCUGUCCAGGACUUGGCUGAAACAACUGAAUGGAGAGGAUUCCCUUGGAGAGGUGGAUUCAUGCAGUCAUGUUUCACCAAUAUGGUGGGCAUGAUGGGCAAGUGUGUGCCCAUGUGCUAAAGCAGGUUCAGACUCUGGCCUCGAGGUACCGUGUACUAGCAGGAGGAGGAAUGCAACACUAAUACCUGAAGGCUGGAGUGGCAGGGGAGAACGGACUCAGGAAAGGCUCUGGGUGUGUGGACGUUGAGUUUUUGGGUGGAGGAACCUAAAAAGAAACAGGUCAGGCCAGUGGAUCUCCCUCUGAGGUCUGAAGUGGAGUCAGGGAGGAGGGUAUCGGGGCUCUAAUUCACCACUCCAUCUGCAGGCUGCUUUUGGUCUUUGGGUACGGGGAGGAAAAAGUUCCUGUAAAAACAGGACUUCCCAGCUGAUCGGCCUGGGCUUGGGAAAAGGCUGCUGGUCACGACAGGGGCCCUAGGUGAGAUGCAGAAACCAUCCUCUCAUUGAAAUAUCUUGUGCUUCCAUUUAUUGUGAGGUCUCAGUCCACUGCCCUGGUUCAGGCCAGCUUGGGGCUCCUUCCCUUCACUUGCUUUCUUCUUCUUGAGUAUGGACCUCCUCUUCCAGAAGCAUUGCCACCAGAAAGGGCUUGGUGGAGGAUGCGUGUGGCUUGGUGGAGGCCGCGUGCGCGCCCAGCACUUCGAAUCGAAGCUGCAAAGCAUUGGGCCUGGCUCGCCUCCUAUUGACACCAGCACAAAUGGGGAGUAACACCACUGGGUUCAACCCGUCUGCUAUCGGAGUGAGUAAAAUGAGUGGCUUCUUUCUGAUCUCCUCCUCCCAACCCUGCAUCUCCUUCUGGAGCAAGGAUUCUGGCCUCCAAAUUCAAGCUGACUGUGGGGAAGAUGCGCCCCUGUUAAUCAGUGGUCUCCCCACCUUUUUUUUUCUUCCCUCCCUUCAAAACUGGAUGCUUCAAUCUUUAUACGUUAAAAGCAGCCAUAAGCUUGUAUCAUGGGCACAGCUGGAAGUUACUGGAGCCUUUGCUUUGAGUAGAGCCCAGCCCUUCUCCCCCGAAUUCUCAAGUCAAGCUCAAUACUUUCUCUGAGAAGGAAGUCCUGUGUUUUUGAAGACUGCUGACAGCAAUACUAUGCAAUACAUGUUUUGUUCAUUUAGGAGGGUGAUUGUGAGUAAUGCAGGGAUAAAGUAAUCCUUGUGCUUUUGGAUCUGGAUGAUGCUUUGGUGAGGGAGGGGAAUGUGAAUCGUGACCCCUGCUGAUCUUUUCGGCACAAGCAGUUUCAUUUUGUCGGGAAGUGAAACAUCCAGCUCCAAAACCAACACCUCUUCUCACUUGGGAUUUCCAGCACGUGAGCUCUCUCGCGGGUGCCUGAUUCACCUGCUUCUAGGACUCUGGGGUGACAAAGGGAUUUGGGGGAGAGCUGCAUUGGAAGCAAGGGGGGGGUGUCCCACACCUCAAAGCAGGCUGCAGUACUCCGAAACCCUCUUCAACAAUCCAUCUUGAUUGUAUGUUGUUACUUUUUAGAGCUUAUUUUUGUUUUUAUCAGUUGUAGAUAAUUCCUUGUUGUCUUAUAUUAAGAAAUACUUGAAUGAUGUACAGUAUGUGAUGCCUUGAGCUGGUAUUGUGAAAGCUAUUGUAAUGCUGCAGGUUGCAGCUUUUUUUAAGGAUCUUGGGAAGGGGAUUAUUGGGUUUUCCAGGAUUUUUGUUGGCAAACAAAAGUUUUCCCCAG